AUGUCGUAUUCCGGUGGGCAACUCCUGCGACAAGAGAGCGACAGUGAGGAUGAGGGAUGCAACUUCUUGUCCUUUCGAUGCGCCAGUCUCACGUUGCUGGGCCUUUUUGCCUUCACAAUUACCUACCAUGUGUUGAUUUUGAGCCAUGUGGUGCCGUACAAAUAUGUUUGGGGUGGGCGACUGAAGAGUGAAUCGAGCAUGCUUCACUUCGAGACAGUUUCCCUGUCUGUCAAUUUGCUACUUGUUGUCCUUGUUCUUCUUCGUGGAGGCUUUUGCUGUCAAUCAGCCCCUCAAUCUCUCCUCCGGGGACUCUGCCUGGUCUUCUCCCUGGUGUUUGCGCUGAACACUGUGGGAAACUUGUUGGCGUCUUCCUGGUUUGAGAUGCUGGCUUUCACGCCCGUGACACUCCUGGCCUCAGUGGCCUUUUUCCGCUUGUACAAUGAGCCAAAGUAG